AUGAAUGGGUAUCUUUCCUGUGCAGGGCUGCUCGCCUGGGCUGCCUUUGGCUUUGGUCAAUCUCUUGCAUCAAACUCCAGCUGCGUUGGUAUCAAUGCAGUGAAGCCCGAUUGCAAACCCGCAGGGCCUCCUUACCACCGAGAUAUCUUCUUCAUUGGAGGCGACGCACAGAACGAUGUCGCCAAAUACCCCCUACGCCUCGGUUCAACAGUAUCCAUUCACGAGAACGGCUUCACUGCCCCUGAGAUUCUCAAUGCGUAUCCUCAGUCGCAGGGCCAUGAUAAGUGGCCAGGAAAUGGAACAAAAGGAGACCCAAUCUUUGACGCCUUUUUCGCCUCAACGGUCCCGUUGACGUCAAACAGCACUUCCCAAGAGCUUUCGAUGCGGGCAGCAGGCUGCAAGCUGCUGUCACUCAUUGGAGAGUCAUUUCUGUUGGGGCAUUCAGCGGGAGCAACUUACUCUGCACUGAUGUCAGACGAGUGUCCCGAGCGUGUGCGGGCGACAAUCAAUUUAGAGCCAGGAAAUAUUCCCUUUCAAAGCCUUAUCGGCAACUCUACAGUACCAUCCGUUGGACGUACUCGCAGUCGGCCUUGGGGGCUGACCAAUACUCGCAUCACAUACGAGCCGCCGGUCGCAAAUGUCACUGAAGACCUAAUCACGGUCGAAGUCGGCCAGGACACGCCGGCACACCGUUCCUGCUUUGUGCAGUCCAACAAUACCGUGGUUCGGUCUCUGCCUCAGAUUGCAAAGGUGCCCUACGUGAUGUUCACCGCUGCCAACUCCCCUCACAUUACAUACGAUCACUGUUUCAUUUCGUAUCUCCAGCAGGCAGGGGUGAAAGACGUCACUUGGGUGAAAUUUGGUGACCUUGGAAUCACGGGUAAUGGUCACUUCUUCUUUCUGGAGGAGAAUAACAUGGAACUCGCCGCGGUCGUAGAGCAAGAGAUGGCGAGCCGAAGCUGA